AGAGCUCAAACAUAGAAGACUUAGUUCCAGAUGCAAUGGACAGUAUGAUGCUUCCACCCCAUUGGAUUUAUGUACCAUUGCCAACUCAUGGAAAUAAGGAGUUUGGAUUUUACCACAAUACUGAAACUAAGGAAUGCAGCUUGACAUCUCCCUUUGAUAUCGCACAGCUUCCAUACAUAUACAGAAAGAUGUUUAAAGUUCCCUUGAGUUAUGAUGAAAAAGAGCUUAUCAAAGCUAUUGAACAAGCUUACAAUAUCCAAAUCGAAAAGCAGAGAAAGUAUGUUCAAGAAGUUAGAGAGGCUUCCAGAAAGAGUAAGAAAAGCAAGAAGAGAAAAGCUACUGCUCAAGUUUCUGAGGCUAAAGACCAGAAGAGGAGCAAGGAAGUAGACUCAAAUGAUUCAAUUCCAGAGGUUAUCACUGAUUUCAAAAAUGAGCAAGAAGUUGUCCAUUACUGCAAGAAAAUUCCUCUGCCUCCUUCUAAAGUGAAUACCAAUGAUAUGAUAUCAUUCUUGACUCAGCUAUGUGAAAAGCAUUUGAACAAGAGACCAGAGUACAAUUUUGAGAAUUGUCCGCCAGCUACUCAUAGGUGCAUUGUGAAAAUCCCUUACAUUUCUCAGCCCAUCGAAUUUAUUAGUACAAAUAAGAAGAAGGCAAAGCAUGGAGCUGCAGAUAAAGCUUUGAAGAUGUACUUUACAAGGGUUUACACCGAAUUUGUUCAACUAGGAGAUGAAAAAGAGAAAAUCAACCAAAAAGAGCUGAGAGCAUGUGAGGAGGAAGAAAUAGAAUACAACAACAGCCUUAUAAAGAAAGCUCAGUGGGAGCACUCCCAGAAAAGAAAGCUUGAUUCUUCACUUCAAGAGCAUGAUUCAAAUAGACCCUCAAGAGAAGAUCUCUUGAAGGUAGAAGUCAAAGAUCCUACUUUGAUUGAUCAUAUAUGCUUACUGAGAGAAUUUACCCCAAAGACGCUCCUCGAAGCUUACAAGAUCAGAGUUAAGAAAGGCAGUCUAAAGCUAGACAGGAAGGUCGGGGAUGGAGUUCAUUACUGCACUGUUAGAUUCUACACUGACCUCAAACAAUAUAAAGUGACUGGAGAAGGAUCAACUGCCAUGCAAGCAGAGUUCUUUGGGUGCCAGAAGAUGUGUGGCUAUGUUUUCAAUGGACAUCCUUUCUGGAUAGAACUAGUAGUUCACGUAAAAUCUCUUCCGAUUGUAAAAAGAUCUAUUCUUGAUGAAAGUCUCUCUAUAAGCUUCAAAAACAUAGAGUCAGGCUCUAAAUAUGGGUCUACCUCUCUUUUAAAGUCAAAAUCUCCUAAACCCACCAAAGCCACUAAGCCCAGAAGCAUUCUUGACUUUAAGAGCGAUAACCCUGAAUCCAAAGUGUUAAAUCCUACUUAUGACCAAGAUGAAACAGACCUGAAGAGUUCGUCACCAGAACAGCACAAGACAGUAGCUGAAACGAUUAUAAUAGAAUAA